GAUGCAGUCGCUUAAGUAAUGCGACGCCAAUGCGCGAAUACGCCGUAUCCAUAUCCAUCGUCACCAUCAGUCGCCCCCGUCGUGACUCGAAGCGCAUGUAUAAAGGAACCAUCGGUAUUUGGGACUUCGCGACAUCAGUUUAGUCCCGCCACGCCCGUCUCAGCAGUUGAGAACCUGUACUUAAAUCCCAGGCAAAUCUGCUCACCUCUCAGCUCGAACCAGGCCCCAGCAAACCUGCCUUAAACAACCGCUAAAGCUACUUAUCACUAGCCUAUAUCUCACCGCGCCAAUAUGGAUUUCCCGGGUGGUUCAUACCAAGCGGGGGGGAAGAUCAAGAUCAACCUCACCGGCACGCAGGAGACGAUGCUAGCGCCCCUGAUAGCGAGGGCCAAGGAUGCGCAGAUGCCCGAGUCCGUACUGCACGACGUGUGGGCGGUUCAGACGCUGGCGCAGAUCGACCACGACUUUGAUAAGUUCCAGAUCGACGACAACAAAGCUUCGCUGCACACGCUUCGCGCGCGCCGGCUGGAUAUCUGGACCUCGCAGUUUCUCGCGAACAACCCCACGGCGACCGUCCUGCAUAUAGCUUGCGGCCUCGACAGCCGGUGUCUUCGCCUCAACCCAGACUUGACCCAGGUGCGCUGGAUCGACCUCGACCUGCCCGAAGUCGUGUCGUUGCGCAGCGCUCUCAUGCCGAGCCCGCUGGGGGAUUACAGCUUGAUCGGUGCCGAUGCCACCGACGACGCCUGGCUCGAGCAGAUCCCCACCGACCGGCCAACCGUCGUCAUCUGUCAGGGGCUGCUCAUGUACUUGGAGGAAGAGACCGGAAAGCGCCUCAUCCAGCGGCUCGCCAGUCACUUUCAGACGGGAGAGCUCAUCAUUGACUGCGUCGGCACGCUCCUCCUUUCCCUCCAGCACCAGAUCGAGACGCUCACAGCCACCGGAUCUUCCUUCAAAUGGGGCGUCGACGACCCCAAGACACUGGAGGGACUGCACCCGAGGCUGAGAAUGGUGGAGUGCCUCGGUCUAGCUGAACUGGAGGGAUUCGAGCGUAUGCCGCUCAACACCCGGCUGAUGCUGUCGACCUACUCGUACUUGCCGUGGUUCCGAUAUCUCAGCUCCUACGUACGGUACAAUUUCUAGAGCUAUGUACCCGGUUGGGCCGUUCAAAACUGCCCCAUUUCGCGCUUUUAUCAUUACCCCUCAACCAUAGAUUGGGAUGGCAUUGUCUUGCGGAUACAUCUUCAAGAGAUGGCUGUACAACGUUUCAGGCCUAGAGUCUAUUUUUUUCUUCUCUUUCUCGUUUUAGAGGUAUGGGUUUGAGACUUGAUAGAGACUGCUGGAUCAGUCAGGCUGGAAUGAUGUAUUGCUUUUAAAAGCUGGUGACUCUACUUACCGGAGAGCGUUGAAAUUCAUCUCUGCU